AUGUGGAAGUGCCAUGAGAAGUACGGCGAUUUCGUGAGAUAUGGUCCCAACAGUCUCAUGGUGAACACUGCGAAUGGGCUUCAAGAUAUCUAUGGACAUGGGAAAAGCUUCAAAAAAUCUCAGAUAUAUGCUGCGAUGGUGCAUCGGGCCCCGAACACCCUGACUGUGAUUGACAAGAAGAAACAUGGCAAGAAACGAAGAGUCAUCAGCCAGGGAUUCUCGGAUGCGGCGCUCAGGAAUCACGAGGUGACGAUCCUUGAGCAAAUCCGGCAUUUGUGCACCCAGCUGGGAGGAGGUGAAAAUGGUCAAGAAGUCCCAGUAGGAGCAUGGUCUCCUCCCAAGGACAUGGCACGACUCACGGACUAUUUUACCUUCGACGUGAUGAGUAACAUCAUCUUUGGAGUGCCUUGGUCAACCUUGCGCAGUCCAAGGUACCGGUUCGUGCCUGAAGUCAUUGAGAAAUCUAAUGUUCGAGUCGGCACCUUAACUCAGGCCCCACAGCUGAGCUUCCUACGGCUCGAUAAACUUCUCUUCCCCGACGCCAUUCGUGCCCGAAACAUCUUCAUUCGGUUCGUUGAUGAAAUGCUCGCACAGGGAAUUGAAGCUGCGGGUAAGACAGGCAAGGGUGUCUUUGCUUUCUUGACAAAGGCGAAAGAUCCUGAGACUGGUCAGCCAUUGCGAAUGAGGGAACUGGGUGGCGAGAGCGCCACGCUCAUUGUUGCUGGUACCGAUACCACAUCCACCGCUCUAUCGGCGUGUUUCUUCUACCUGUCACGCAACCCUUCCGCCUGUGAACGGGCCACGGCAGAGGUACGCAGUACCUUCCAAUCCUCUGACGACAUCCGCAUGGGUCCUUUGAUGAAUAAAUGUGUCUUCCUUCGUGCCUGCAUCGAUGAGAGUAUGCGCAUGUCCCCGUCCGCGGCCAGCUCCCUCUGGCGUGAGUCUGAGGACGCCGGGGCAACCAUAGAUGGGCAAUACAUCCCCCCCGGCAUAGACGUGGGAACAUGCAUCUAUAGCAUUCACCACAACCCCGUCUACUACCCUCAGCCUUUCAGCUUCCGGCCAGAGCGUUGGAUCGAUACCGAAGCCAGUAAGGUUCAGGGGGAUGUGAGUCUCGCGCGAUCUGUAUUCAAUCCAUUCUCUGUCGGGCCACGGAGUUGCAUCGGAAAAGGCCUCGCAUAUGUUGAGCUUCAUCUGGCCCUGGCUCAUAUAUUGUGGGCAUUUGACUUUCGUUUGGCUCCUGGGAAACUGGGACGGACAGGAGAGGGUAAGGAAGAUGGGGAGUUUGGCCGUCAUCGGGUGGAUGAGUACCAGCUCUGGGAUCAUUUGACGGCUGCAAAGGAAGGGCCCUACCUUGAAUUCAGCCCCAUCCUAUAG